GUACGCGUUCUCCUUCUCCCUGUCUCACUCCUCGUGCCCUUGGCCCUGUUUUUGAUGCGUAUUUGAUUUGUACAGGAGUUCCUGUCCAAGUGAAGAUGGUUCUGCGCCAGUGCAGCGCCAGGCUGUGCCCUUCUGGAUUUUCUCAGAACACUGACAGCCAUCACCAUCAUUUUCUUGGUGUUUCAACCACGGCAUCCCAUGUCCCCCCCCUUUUUGUCAUAUCUAAGGCAAGCGCCACGGACCAAACCAGACACAUGUGUACACACUGUUGACGGCAUUUCCCCACAUUUUUCUAUGGUCAGCCUGCUGCCGCUCCCACACGCAGCCUGGGGCAGAACCUCAUUUUGGCAAUUCAAUCUAUUCAAUUUUUUUUUUUUUUUCAAUUGUCGCCGUCGAUGCCGAAUAUCAUAUUCAUUUGUAAUUUUCUCUGCGUCAUCCUUCCACCUUUUAGUCCCCGCCUCUGGUAUGCUAGCUAUCCAGAGCUACCAAAACACCCGCUCAGCCUGGGAAGCAACGAUAGGUACUGCAGCCUUCUCUGAACUCGGUAUCCAUCAGUUGUCAUCAACCACUACAUUGAUUCUAACCUGGACAAGCACCAAUCUUUAUCAUUUUCAUCAAAGGCGCUUUCAUCUGACGACCUUUCAAUUCAUUUUCCGGCCCCAUUCAGCCGCUAAUGCUAUAUAAUAGCGAUGACGACUGCAAAACCUCGCGCCCGUGGCCUUCCGUACCUGCAUCGGAAUUGGAAAAAGGCAUACGACGGCGUGACGUCCCAGAUGGGCAACAAGACAUCUUCAGAGUCUCGUGACUCUGUUGAUCAGAUCACCGACCAGCUUGACACCACUCAACGCGCCGCCAAACGUCGCCGCCUCGAAAAUGAUCAAGAUGUCUUUCCUCUCUACGAAGACUGGAGCAACUCCAAACGUGGUCUUCGCAUCGAGGUUCUCAAAGUCAGUCACAAGGAUGCUCCCCGGGUCAAAAAUGGCAUCAUGAACGGACUGGUCCCGCCGAACAUCAAAGAUGUCUCGCAAAUCAAGGCUCGAUGUCAACUCACCAUCAUGGGAUACAAAGGCGACCACCCCGUGGUCCUCCACGUCGACAGCCAGGUUUGUGACAUCAAAGUCUUCAAGAACCCCGCUGGUCAGUCCCCCAUGGCGCGUUUUUACUCCAUCCGACCAUUCCACAUUCCAGAAGCCAAAAUUUCCCUCGAACGCGACGACGACGCUGUGUUUGGUCUGGCCAACACGUACUCUGUGCAUAUUGAGCUUCAGUCUGCUGGUGAUCCCAACUGGCCACCACGUGACCUCGUCACCGUCAGCGAUGAGGAUCUUUUGUACAGUAACAACAGCGGCGGGCUGCCACCACGACAAUGGGUCAUGAGCGCCAGUAUUGCGGACAUUUUUAACAAAAAUCACCGUAAGACGAUGCGGCUUAGAGUCAAAAAGCAUGUCAGCCAAGAUAUCGCCACAAACUUUCUUAUGGAUGUGGAUGUGCGGUGGUUGACGGCCAUCUCCACCCAGAAGACUAUGCGGGAGCACACUAAGGAUGUUCUUCCUUGCAUCACGGCGUUUGAUCCUGAUGGACACAACAAGGUGGUUACGAAUGGGAAUGUCAAUGGGGUUGCUGUCAUCAAUGGGGUCAACGGUGCCAAUGGGGUGAAUGGUGUCGGUGGUGUCAGUGGGCAGGUCAACGGGGGGUCGUUCCCAGACACUCCCGACGAGUUCAUGCCUGAGGGUGAUACGACACCCAACAGGUCGAGACGCACAAAACAGAAUGUCAACUACAAUGUUAGGCAGAUGUGGAAUACGGCUGUUGGGAAGGAACCCAAAAAGCGGAGGAAGUUUGGCGACACGGUGGAAAAUGGGGCGAAUCAACAAGUUGACGAGCACGUCAUCACCUACCUCCUGCCCCCAGAACAGGUGCAGAUGGUGAAGUUCAUCUGCAUCGUCUGCGCCGCCGAGAACGACAAUUUGACCCAGCUCCGGCUACACUACCAGAGCCACCCGCAGUACCUGUUCAGCUUUGAAAUUCGGCCCAAGCUGGGCUGCUGCGUCACUGUCAAGCCCAACAGCGAGAACCCGGGCAGUCCGCUCAGACCUAAGGUGUACCAGCUUGGUCUACCGGUGGAACCGCUGGAUGUGGAAAAAUAUGUGAAUGGGGACGAGAGCUGGCUUGAGCAUAGGCUGGGUCCGGACAACGAUAGGGAUGUUGUGAAUAAUGGGAAGCCGGCGAAGCCACAGCCAAAACCGGCCCCCAAAAAACCCACCAGACCAGUCGUCCUUGUUCCCAAGACGAAGCAGCCACUCUUUGACCCAUACAGUAAAGUUGCCCUCGAACCCGGCACCCCAGUCCCUCAGUACCCGAUAGACGACUCCUGGCUAUUGCUUAAGCACCGCGAGGCCCUGCAGGAUUUCAUCGAUCUCAACCACGAAGAAAAAGAGUACAUGCAAGAAUGGGACGCCUUUAUUCUCCGGAAGCAUCUUUCAUCACAGCAGUACCUGCCCAAGGCGUUUUUGCAAUUCGUGAAGGACAAGGCGGGGUGGCUGGUGGAGAAGCAGGCGAGGGCGGAAGAGUUUAGUAAACAUGUUAGCACGCUGUUGGCGAGGAGGGUGUUGGGGGAGAAUGAGGUGAUUGAGUCGACGGCGUUGCUGAAUGAGGCGAGGGAAAGGAAGAGCAAAGCGGUGAAUGGAGAGGUUAGUGGUGGGGGUGGUGAGGAGGGGAGGAAGGGGAAGAGGACUGGGGGGUGUUGCGUGGGAUGUGGGGAGCCGGUGCCGGUCAGUGAGAUGGUUGUUUGUGGGAACAAGGAAUGCACAAACCGGCUGUGGCACGAUCGCUGUGUAGACGAUAAGAAGACAGCGAAGAAACUGGGCAGGAAAUGGAAGUGCAAGGGCUGCAGGGUUUAGUUGUCCACGCUAUCUGUCAUCCUCGUCAAGACUUUAUGAGGGUGUUUUACUUCUCUCUGCUCCAACCCAGCGGCCGAUAUAGAAAAGAAGGAGGGAACUGAUUGGGAAAGGGCACGUUUGACUAGGGAUUGAUUUUAUGGGGAAAGAAGAAGGAAAGAAGGGUUACUUGCGUUGCAUUUGCAUAUGGGGGAAGGAGGCAUUAUAUACCGUUGCUUCAGGGUACUCUGUGUUGCUAGCCUUUGCUUUUUAACCAGGAUGGAUAGAUAGGGGGGUGGCACCUG